AUGCCGGCCGACCUUAGAAAAAAUGGGACAACGGGUUUAAAAAAUCACAUAGAGAGGAGAUGCAAGCUCUCUCCUCUCUAUCAUCAACAAGGUGAUGCAAAUCAACCUUCUUUGACAACGGAUACAAUGGGUAGUGGAUUGGUUCCUCACACAUUCAAUCAAAAAAAAUGUGAGUUAAAGGUGUUGAAGUUCAUCAUUAAGGAUGAGCAUCCUUUUAGAGUCGUUGAGGGCUCAGGUUUUAAGGAAAUGAUGAACGAGGUGCAAUCUCGUUUCAAGGUACCAAGUAGGAAGAAGGUUGCCGAGGGGGUGUGGGAGUUAUUCAUGGUUAAAAAGGCAAAGAUAAUGAGUGUGAUUGGUGAGCAAAGAGUUAGUAUUACAACCGAUACUUGGACAUCGAUCCAAAACAUAAAUUACAUGGUUGUCACGAAACACUUCAUGGAUAGUGAUUGGAACUUGAACAAAAGAAUAAUUAGUUUCACAAAGAUCACUAGUCAUAAGGGCAUUGACAUAGGAAAAACCCUAGACGCAUGUUUGACGAAUUAG